AUGAAAGAAAGAGAUGAGUUUGAGCUGAUGAAGUCUGAAACCCAGGGUGAAAUGGUGGAAAUAGAACAAAGCAAACAAGACAUUCGUGUGGAGAAGGAAAAGCUGGAUCAGAUCAAAGCUGAGUUAGAAAGACGAUCUGAAAACAUAAAUCAGGUCAUGGAUGAGACAAGACGGGAGAGGGGGAAGGUUGAAGAACUGGCUAUCCAAACUCAAAAACAAAGAGAAGAAAUGGUGGGUUUCAUGGAAAAGAACAACCAAAAGCAGAACGAACUGGAACUCAUGAAUAACAAGAUUGAAAGAGAGAAACAAGACAUCGAAGAAAGUCGGGAUGUGCUAACAAAGGAGAGAGAGGAGCUGGAACAAAUGAGGAAUGAGACACAGCGACAGAGAGAGGAGACAGAAUCUCACAUGGAAGACCAAAGGAAAGAGAAAGAACAUCUGGAACAAAUGACGACGGACAUGAAAAAACAGUUGCUAGAGAUGGAUAAUGACAAGGAAAUGAUAGAAAGCUCAAUGGGUGAACUGAGAUUGAAAGAGGCAGAAAUGGUGAGAGAAAAGGAGAACAUGGAAAACAAGAUGGCUAGACUCAAAGACGAAGAGGAUAGAAUGCGGGAAGAAAUAGGAAGGAAGGUGGACAACUUGAAGCAGGAAAGUCAUGAAAUCAAAAGACUUAGAGAUGAAAUUGACAGUGAAAAGGACCAGCUGAAUGCAAAAUUGCUUGAGUUGGAAAAAAUGCGUGAAGAACUAGAUAGAGAGAAGAAGGAAGUGAAAGACAGGAAGGAUGAAGUACUGAAAGAGAAAGAUCAGUUGGAAGAGAGGCGAGAUAAGAUCAGUAAGGAGAAAGAGGAAUUGGAUAUCAGUCUUGAACUGAUGAAAAGACAAAGGGAAGACUUGACGAGCUUGAAGGCUGAAGCAGAAGCAAAGACCGAGCCUAUGGAAAAAGACUGGAAGGAAAAGCUCACGAGGGAAAGACAACAACUUGAAGAUGUAAAGGAGGAGAUACAGAAGGAAAAAGAAGCCUUUGAGAGAAAGACGGGAUUGACCAUGAAAGAAAGAGAUGAGUUUGAGCUGAUGAAGUCUGAAACCCAGGGACAAUUGGUGGAAAUAGAACAAAGCAAACAAGACAUUCGUGUGGAGAAGGAAAAGCUGGAUCAGAUCAAAGCUGAGUUAGAAAGACGAUCUGAAAACAUAAAUCAGGUCAUGGAUGAGACAAGACGGGAGAGGGGGAAGGUUGAAGAACUGGCUAUCCAAACUCAAAAACAAAGAGAAGAAAUGGUGGGUUUCGUGGAAAAGAACAACCAAAAGCAGAACGAACUGGAACUCAUGAAUAACAAGAUUGAAAGAGAGAAACAAGACAUCGAAGAAAGUCGGGAUGUGCUAACAAAGGAGAGAGAGGAGCUGGAACAAAUGAGGAAUGAGACACAGCGACAGAGAGAGGAGACAGAAUCUCACAUGGAAGACCAAAGGAAAGAGAAAGAACAUCUGGAACAAAUGACGACGGACAUGAAAAAACAGUUGCUAGAGAUGGAUAAUGACAAGGAAAUGAUAGAAAGCUCAAUGGGUGAACUGAGAUUGAAAGAGGCAGAAAUGGUGAGAGAAAAGGAGAACAUGGAAAACAAGAUGGCUAGACUCAAAGACGAAGAGGAUAGAAUGCGGGAAGAAAUAGGAAGGAAGGUGGACAACUUGAAGCAGGAAAGUCAUGAAAUCAAAAGACUUAGAGAUGAAAUUGACAGUGAAAAGGACCAGCUGAAUACAAAAUUGCUUGAGUUGGAAAAAAUGCGUGAAGAACUAGAUAGAGAGAAGAAGGAAGUGAAAGACAGGAAGGAUGAAGUACUGAAAGAGAAAGAUCAGUUGGAAGAGAGGCGAGAUAAGAUCAGUAAGGAGAAAGAGGAAUUGGAUAUCAGUCUUGAACUGAUGAAAAGACAAAGGGAAGACUUGACGAGCUUGAAGGCUGAAGCAGAAGCACAGACCGAGCCUAUGGAAAAAGACUGGAAGGAAAAGCUCACGAGGGAAAGACAACAACUUGAAGAUGUAAAGGAGGAGAUACAGAAGGAAAAAGAAGCCUUUGAGAGAAAGACGGGAUUGACCAUGAAAGAAAGAGAUGAGUUUGAGCUGAUGAAGUCUGAAACCCAGGGACACAAUGGAGGAAAUAGAACAAAGCAAACAAGACAUUCGUGUGGAGAAGGAAAAGCUGGAUCAGAUCAAAGCUGAGUUAGAAAGACGAUCUGAAAACAUAAAUCAGGUCAUGGAUGAGACAAGACGGGAGAGGGGGAAGGUUGAAGAACUGGCUAUCCAAACUCAAAAACAAAGAGAAGAAAUGGUGGGUUUCAUGGAAAAGAACAACCAAAAGCAGAACGAACUGGAACUCAUGAAUAACAAGAUUGAAAGAGAGAAACAAGACAUCGAAGAAAGUCGGGAUGUGCUAACAAAGGAGAGAGAGGAGCUGGAACAAAUGAGGAAUGAGACACAGCGACAGAGAGAGGAGACAGAAUCUCACAUGGAAGACCAAAGGAAAGAGAAAGAACAUCUGGAACAAAUGACGACGGACAUGAAAAAACAGUUGCUAGAGAUGGAUAAUGACAAGGAAAUGAUA